AUGAACCCUACUAGCGCGCCAAAAGGAUGUGGCUCCAGCAUCAGCUCCAUCUACUACAACCUGUGUGACCUGACCACCGUGUGGGGGGUUGUGGUGGAAGCCGUUGCCGCCGCUGGUGUGGUGACUUCCUUUGUCCUGUUUGUCAUUCUCAUGGCCUGCCUACCAUAUGUGACAGACAAAAAGAGAAAGGCUAUGGUGGCCCUGCAGGCCAGCAUCUUAAUCUUUACAUUGGGACUCUUUGGACUUACUUUUGCCUUCAUUGUGGGCCGGCACUCCACCAGCUGUGCUGCUCGAAGGUUCCUGUUUGGAGUACUGUUCUCGGGGUGUCUCGCCUGCCUGGUGAUGCAUGGGCUGUGGCUUGCCCUGCUGCAACGGAGAGGCCGGGGGCCGAGGAGCUGGAUGCUAUGCCUGGGAGCUCUGGGUCUCUGGCUGGUCGAGGUGAUCAUCAAUGCUGAAUGGCUUAUCAUCACUGUGGUCAGGAGCCCACCCAGAGGGCUCAUUGCCUCUGAUAUUUCCUGCAGCAUUGCCAAUCAGGACUUUGUGAUGGCUCUCAUCUAUGUCAUGGUUCUGCUGCUAGCUGUAGUGCUCAUGGCCGUACCCUCACUAACACACAAACAUAAGCAGUGGCGCCGAGAUGGAUCAUUCAUUCUAGUCACAGGGCUCCUCACCAUCGCUAUCUGGGUAACUUGGAUUGUCAUGUACAUCCACGGGAACCAAGUGGUCGGGAGUCCCAGUUGGGAUGAUCCUACUCUGGCUGUAGGCAUGGUGUCAAAUGCCUGGGUGUUCCUCUUUCUCUACACAAUCCCGGAAAUCUGCUUGCUGACACAGGAGGACCCUGACCAGGAGCAGCCCCAUGAUGGGGACGUCUACCCUGCCAGGAGUCUGGUGUAUGACACCAUCAUUAAGGAGCCGGAGCCAACCCAGCAGAACGUGUACAUGGAGAACAAAGCCUUUUCUAUGGACGAGCCUCCAACUGUACCAACAAAGCCGGUGUCUCCAUAUGGGGCUUACAAUGGUCAGUUGCGAAGUUGUGUAUACCAGCCCACCGAACUAGCCUUGAUUGCCAAAGGUCUGACAAAGAUGGACCAAGACACGAUAAUGCUUCGAACAACACCCCCGUCUCUGAAUCCAGGAAGUAGCAGCUCCCUGACUCGUUCAGUUGAGUCCUUAGCACCAUAAGGACUGUCAGAGGCUGGCAGACUGAGUCAAGAGCACCUUGUCACCUACACACUCGGUUGUUACAGCAGUGAAAUAAAUAUCGACUGGGGGUUUGUUCUCAAGAGUUCCUAGUAUCAGCUGUUUUACGUCACAAUUUCUCUUCCUUGUCAAGAUACUUAAAAUAGCAAUACCAAUUGAAUCUACAGCAAUUUGUAGUAAUGUGACCAAGUUCCUCUCACAAACUACUUCUUUUACUACAUUCCUCUGAUACUGUAGGGCCAAGUGUUGCACAUACAAGAUUGUAAUAACU